AAAUGCUUCACUCCGGAAUUUAGUUGGGGACGCGACGCGCAGACAGGGAGAAGUCGUCCAGUUGGCAAACUGACGAAGAAGUAUUUGCAAACUAGAAGGCUCAAAACAAAACCACUAUGACUUCGACCAACAUGUUUCAAGGGUUGUCUGCAAAAAACAGUUCAAGGGUGUUGCAGCCUCCUGGUGGCGGCUCCAGUAACCUCUUCGGUGGCUAUGAAGAAGACACCCCAUCUCAGAGGAGACCUAAUAAGACGGUCUCUAAAGUGUUUGCCCCCCCAGAGGAGCCCCAGAGUGUAUCUAGACGCUCCUAUCCUCCAGGUGGGAAGAGCAGCGGAAUAUUUGGUGACCCUGACCCUCCGGCUCGGCAACAGAAGCAUCCUCCUGGUGGACAGAGCAGCAACAUAUUCGGUGCUGCAGAGAGUACAUCUGGCCAGAACCGAGGCCACCCUAACAAACCAAAGGACAAUCUAAGUGUGGUACCUGAACCUGAAUCAUCUCCAGUCCCAGAAGCCAAGGUCAGCCCACCUGAGGUGAAGGAGGCAGCGGCCCCCCCCGCUCCGGAGCCAGUGAAGGAAGAGCCUGCUCCUGUCUCUGCCCCUGCCCCNAGGACUUUUUGUGAUCUCUGCCCCACAUCUCCUCUGAAGAACCAUCAAGAUGAGCAGAACCAGGCCCAAACACCCCCAGGGAAGGGUCCCCUAGCAGGGGUACGCAGCCCCAGCUUCGGCCGGCAGCCGCCCUCUCUCCGAGGGGCCCGGCUGCACCUGCCAAACGCUGGAGUCUCAGGUGGACGCAACCUCCCCCGCUCUCUGCUGGGGUCGACAGCAGGCAGCGAGGCAGAAAGCGGCGUGUUUGCAGUUCCCACCACGCUGCCCCCCAACAGCUCACGGCACAACAGAAUGUUCUCCCCCAACAAGGAGGCCGAGCUCGCCCUCAAACAGCAGCUCGACUCUAUCAGUAUGCAGUCAGAUAUUUUCCUUUCAAGACAAAGAAAACCUCGAAACAGGCAACUUCGGAAACCACUUGUAGUUCAGCGAACACUCCUACCCCGAACUACUGGAGACACUCCUCAGCACGUCUGCUCCUUCUCCAUCCUCUCCAACUCCUCUGCCACAGGAACUGGAUCUUUCCGGCCAAUCCACACUCGCCUGGCUCCUUCCUCCCGCCCACUCCAGUCCAAAGCUUCCCCGUCAGCGUCCAGCUCAGCAGCCGCCAGCCAGCUCUCCAGUGCCAUUGACCUGGCAGCCAAGUCGGCAGGUAUCAUCCCCGGCAGUCCCUGCAGAGAGCCGGAUUCUCUCACUGCUCAUACCGCGCUGCUCAACUCCACACCCUCUGUUGAUGCUGAACCUGGACCUCAACUCCUCCAGCACAAUGUCCCAGAGAAUGGUCACCUCUCACCUUCCCCCAGAGCGAGCGGGGGUGCGGACUCUCUCCUCGCUCCCCCCAGCGUGGCCUCGCUGCUGGACAUCUCUCUCCCCGGCCCCCCUGAAGAGACUCCUGGAGAAUCUCACACACACAUCAGCGACUCCCUCAUCGAGCUCGCCAUCAACUCGGCCCACUACGGUGCAGGCGAGGAGGCCGGCCUCUCUCCCGCUAAGCUGAGCAACAACGACGGCUCCAAACUGUUGUCGUCGUCCCCCUCCGUCAGCCCGUCCAGAGGCUGGAUCCCAUCGCCCAGCCACGACCCCCAGUGGUACCCCAGCGACUCGUCUGACUCCACGCUGGGAUGCCUCCUCUCCAGCAUGGUCUCUCCUGAUAAGGGCAAGCGGACCACCCUCACCCCCUCCGGCCCCUCCAGCGGCACGGCUCUGCUCGGACCCAGCCUCCUGGACUGCAACUCCCACGAUUCCUUUCAGUCCCGUGGCCUUCCAGACGUGGCAGAAAUGGACUCUCAGCUGGCCUGUAUGAUGAGUGAGAGCAGCGUGGACUACAUCGCCCGCUUCAACGACCUGGCUCAGGAGCUAGCUGUGACGGAGCCCCCCCCCCCUGAGGAGACCAGGCUCCAACGACCCUCUGCCGCCUGGAGGACAUGA